AUGUCGAAGAAACAAGAAUAUAUCGCUAAAAUUCGAUACAGAAACGAUUUACCUCCCCCACUACUUCCCCCCAAGCUUUUGAAGUACGAAUUUUCUGCGGAUGAGGCCGCAGAUUCUGCUAAACUGGUGACAUCGCUGUACGCCAAGUCUAACGUUACACCAUUGGUGAAGAUAGAUGAGGACCUGGGCAUGCCAAUGGAUCUUAUGGAGCUUCCUGGACUUUUGAAUCACCAAGAUCCUCGGCUUUUGCUGGGGUUCGAAAACAUUAAACUGCAUCCGGAAGAUCGAGCAUUGUUAAGAGAUCCUCGAGUUGACAAGUUGACAAAAACAGACAUGUCUAAGGUGACAUUUUUGAGAAGAACCGAGUACGUUUCCUCCUCGCAAGCUGCAAAACCAAGUACUAAAAAGAGAGCUGCUUCAGAAGCUUUAGAUGUUGACGAGGAAGUUCUGACACCUGCUCAACGAGUAAAACGCGUGGAAAACACUUUUGAUUUCAUUACCGAUGACGUCUCUAAGAUUCGUCAUCCAACCAAAAAAAACGUUCAUGCCGUGAAAACCUGGAACUUACUUCCAGACACGGCAGCCAUGGACCAGACGUUUUUUACCAUUCGAUUUGUGGGCUCUGCCGCUUUGCAAGAGCAGGAAAAGGACAGAUUGGCACUUUCCACUGCCCUGUUCCGCCCGGUAGAGCUUGAAGAAGAUGAGUGGGUCUCGCUUUACACUACUGACAAGGAAGGCUCUGCUAUCUACGAGAAAAAUCGCGAACAACAGAUUGACGAGAUUGUGGACGACGACAGAGCGUACCAAUUCACACAUCUACGCGAUUUUGACAUGAAGCACCAACAACCCACGGGUUCUGGACCCUUCAACGAAUUAGCCCUGCGUUUCAACGACGAUAAAAAAACCAUCUACUACACUCCUAUACGGUCGCGGAUCGAGCUCCGCAGAAGACGUGUUAAUGAGGUGAUCAAGCCACUGGUGCGUGAAAACAAUCUAGAUCAGAUAAACAUCAAGAUCAGGAACCCAACACCGCAGGAAACCCGCCAUAGAGACUUGAUCCGCAUGAAAUUUGAUCCGAUAGAUUUUCCCAAUAUAGACGAAGAUGAACAGCCAGACCAGGACCAAAACGAGGAUACUGGUGAAACCAAUACAGAAGAGAAAUCAUCUUCACAAGAUCACACAUCCGUGCAGGAAGAUGCUCAAUCCCGUGAACAAUCUUUGACCGCGGACGCAACCACGGCCGAGUAA